AUGUAUCACUACACCACUCCACCCCCCGGGUGGUCCUACGACUACAUGACCUCUCCUCCCACGUCUCCCCACUACGCUUACUACGCCUCGCCAUACGCCAACGCCUACGGCGGCUCCCCGCAGGGUCCCUCGAAGCGCCACAACCGCAAAGCCAGCUACGCCGGCCCCAAGGAAUCGGCCGGAUGGUAUGCUGGGUAUGGGCAAGGGUUCUACGACGCGAUGCCAGAGCAUGGUACGCCACCGCGCAAGCACGAUCCAGUAAGUGCUUCUUUUGGUGGCUAUUCUCGUCGUCGCAGCACUAUGUCCGGGGCCCCUGCGGCGGGCCCGGGGGAACACCCCGGGGCCCACCCGUCGCACAAGCGGCCCAUCUUUGUGGAUAUGGUUGACGAUGGGUCCGAUGUUGAUGCGCCGCAAUACGUCUUUCGGGAGGGAUCCAGUCCUCGUCGCAGACCGUCGACGUCUCACCGCAAGCCCAAGCCACCCACUGAUCAAUACUUCUACUAUAACCAGGUGCCUGCCCACGAAGACGCUGAUGCGGCCAAACGAGCUCGGGCGCGCCGCCAAUCCACCUCCACCCGGACACCCAACAAACCCAAGCCGUCCGCGCCCAGCUCCAAGCCAUCACCCAAAGCCACCGAAGCCGAUGCUGCUCGGUUAGGCAUCCCUCCGGGCUAUUCGAUCAAGAACUGGGAUCCGACGGAGAUGCCGAUCAUUCUUCUUGGCAGUGUAUUUGACGCGAACUCUCUGGGCAAGUGGAUCUACGACUGGACCGUAUUCACGCAUGGCGCCUCGACGCCCAUGGCUGACGUGGCGGGCGAUCUCUGGCUGCUGAUGAUCAAAUUGGCCGGCAAGGUGAAAAGGGCCAAAGAAUGUCGUCCCCGCAUCCGGCGUCAAGAAGCGCAUGAAGUGGUGGUAGAUUUCCUGCAAAGUGGCGAACGCCUUUGGGUACGGUUCAAGAAGCUGCUCAAGACGUGCGAGCAGUUCAUGUGGAAGGCCGCCAAGCGCGAAGGUGGCAAGGGCUCCGUAUCGAUGGGCCGCAAUGCCGGCUGUGAAUUCGUUGAGACGAUCUUUGGCCGCGACCGCGAGCUGGAAAGCACGGAGAAGCUGAUGAACAGCAUUCGUCUGUGGAGCAUGCGAUUUGACGCCAACUGCGAAGAGAUCCUCCGCCGCCCCUCAGCGGCCUAA